AGCCUUUCCCUUUACCCUCUUCUUCUUCUUCUUCUUCGAUCAAUUUCUCUAGCAUCUUCCAAAGAAACAAUCCCUCUGCAACACUUACAGAUACUAACAAUCCAAAGGUUUGGCUUUGAAGUAAUAUGGAAGUGGUUGUUACGCGCAUUCAAGAUGAAUCUUUACAUUGGUCGCGAAGCAUCGAAGCUAUGGAAAAGAUUCUGCGCAGAGAUUAGUACGGAGAUCAGCCUUCUGAUUGAGAAUUGGAAGUACCUUCUUGGUGGGCUUAUCUUUCAGUACAUACAUGGAGUUGCUGCUCAUGGCGUUCAUUACAUACAUCGGCCAGGUCCAAUUCUUCAGGAUGUUGGGUUCUUCCUUCUCCCUGAGUUAGGACAAGACAAAGCUUACCUCAGUGAGACUCUUUUCACAUUCAUAUUUUUAUCCUUUGUUGCGUGGUCUUUCCACCCUUUUAUUCUCAAGAGCAAAAAGGUGUAUACAGUUCUUUUAUGGUGCAGGGUUCUAGCAUUUUUAGUUGCUUGUCAAAUUCUUCGUAUCUUAACAUUCUAUUCCACACAGCUGCCUGGUCCAAACUAUCAUUGUCGUGAGGGUUCAAGACUUGCCACAUUGCCUCCUCCAGAUAAUGCCUAUGAAGUUCUAUUGAUGAAUUUUAGGGGAGUAUUAUACGGCUGUGGUGAUUUGAUUUUUUCAUCACACAUGAUCUUCACUCUUGUUUUUGUGCGGAGUUAUCAGAAAUAUGGCACACAAAGGUUUAUAAAGCAUUUGGCGUGGUUGUUUGCUGUGAUUCAGAGUUUGUUGAUUAUAGCAUCUCGCAAACAUUACACCGUCGACGUUGUGGUUGCAUGGUAUACUGUUAAUUUGGUGGUAUUUUUCGUCGACAAGAAACUGCCAGAAUUGCCUGAUCGAACAAAUGGGGCAGCAUUGUUACCAUUGAGCAGCAAAGAGAGAGAUACGAAGACCCGAGAUGAGAGUCACAAGCUGUUGAAUGGGAACUCUGUAGACCCCACUGAUAGGAGGCAGAGGACUCAAGUAAAUGGCAAGAUUCCUGAAGAUGGGAACGCUGUCCAUGUUAAUACCACCAUAAAUGGGGCCUAGCACCAACAACAACACAGCUGCUGCGCUGCUCCUGCUGCUGCUUGUGGGGAGGAUUGUUGUUUAUUUCUUACAAUGUAGACUAAUGGCUUUCCUUGCGUGUGGUUCGCUCCUUUUCCCAAGACUGGUAAUCUAUUAUGUAUCCUAUCCUAUCUUAUUGGGAAAUGCAGUUCUUAGAUUCACUUUCUUACCAUUCCCUUUGUUUAUUGUUUCUGGAAAUUGCCGUUUGAAUUUGGCAUUCAUUUAGGCAGGAAGUUAGAGGACAUGAUCCUCAUCUCUUCUCUUAGUUUGGUCAAGGAGUUAAUGUCGCCUAACGUAGUUCAUUGGUUUAGAUUCUUUUGAAUUUUUCACUUCCCUUGUUGUGAACUGUCAUAUGGGGGAGCACAUGAAAUGAGAAUUUCCCAGGUCAACUAA